AUGGCUGCGAAAAAGAAGAAAACAACCAGAGCCAACGGCGUGCAUCCGGUCGAUGGCAAGACGGCAUCAGCUCAUCUCCUCCCUGUGCAGUCGCCUGUCAAUGCCGCCGUCUCCACCGAAACGCACAUGCCGAUUCUCGCGAAGCCACGAAAGAAAAAGAACAAGUUCAGCAAUCCUCAGCCCGCCGACUGUGACGAUAUCCAGCCAUCCAGUCACGGUGUCGAGGCUGUGGUUACCGAAAAAUUGAGGGAAACCACCGAUGCCGAACACAAAGCUCCAUUCGUCCUGGCAGAGGCAAAAGUUCCUGACGAGCUCAGUAGAUCCAGCCCGACUAGCCUGGCAACGGAGAAUGACCGACACUGGGGUUCUCACGAUGUAGACCGCGAUGAGACUCGGGUUUCACAGCCGGGGGCCACAGGUGCCGACGUCGACCUGUCUUUCCUGGAUCGAGUUGGUAACACUAGUGCUCUCAAAGGUGGAAGAGGCCAACCCCACGCGCGCAUUAAUCCUGCCAGACAAGAAGCACUGGAAGCUGUCAGCGACUUCAAGAGUAGAGUCCUUCAACGUGCUGCCAAGAAAGCGCUGAACGAUACGCCGUUCACUCGGUCCCUCUACCCGAACGAUCUCUACCUCUACAACAAGCCUGGAAAUACGCCAGAGGAUGCCGCCAUGCUCAAACUCAAGCGCCGCUUCGACGCAGCGAUCAUCAAACUCGAUCCUGGUCUUGCUCCUGCCACAGCUGAGAUUCCACUCCCCAUCGCUAAGCGAACGGCCAUGUACGUCUGCGGAUUGCUUCAGUCCCACGACUGUCAGUUCCGCUGUACAAUGGAUGGACUUCGAGCGCCGAUCGCGGCGGGAAAACAGUCGCUCGCGCCUUGGGUCGCAGAUACAUGGGAGGAGAGACUGGCAGACAGUGACAGAGACUGGCUGGUCAGUAAGAAGAUUGAGGACAUGGACAAUGACAAGGCGCGCAAGCAUGUCGGGGAUUGCAUGGACUUCAUUAUGAAGUACAAGCUGUGGGGCCGCAUGGUCGAAGCUGAGUGUGCUGAGCUGGGCAUCCAGCUCUUUCCAAGAUUGAACUGA